AUGGAAGAAGAUUAUCGUGUGAGGACAGUGGAGUGUCUAAGAGGGAGAUUGCUUGCAGAAAGAGUAGCUUCAAGAAAAGCUAAAGAGGAGGCUGACCAAUUAGAAACCAAGCUGGUGGAGCUGGAGAGCCUGUUGAAAGUAGAGACAAAAUCAAGAAACAGAGUCGUGAAGAAGCUAAAAUUUCUACAGAAAAAGCUUCAAUGCAAUAAAAUAUCAAAUGUUUUACCCGAAUUAGAGCUGUCAAUUCUAUCAGAUAAGAGCAAGGAAAUUUUGAAGCAUAAUGGUUCACAAAGCCAUGAAAUUCCCGCAGGCGAAGAGAUUUUGAGUUCUUCGAGUGAAGCCAACUCACCUGAAAAUCGCAAGUCCCCCGUCGUCACAAAGAAUUUUGAGCAAAAUUCUGCAAGUAGUACCAUAUCUGAUCAGUCAAGAGAACUCGAGUUGAAUCAAGAUUUUAAUGAUUCAAAGACAGAUGAGGAAAUGUAA